AUGAAGUCCUUUUCUAGUGUGAUCAACAAAACGGGCAAGAAGUUUGCCCCAAAGGCGCCCGCCCGCCGCGCACCCGCUGCACCACCAAGACGACCAAGUGUCACUCAGCGGUCGCCAGCCGAAACUGCACAGCCUGAACCUAUUCCAGAAAAUAAAGAGCAAGAUGGAGCUUCUGAGUUGCCGACUCCCGUGGCUGCAGAGCCCGAAAAGCCUGCGGUCAUUGAACAGUCACCAGCCUUGGUUGCUCCACCAGUGAUGGAACAAACUCCCACCCCCGCUCCUACCACUUCUCAAAUCGUUACCCCCGCAACCACUCCUGUUCCCACAUCAAUUGCCAAACCAACUGCGAUCUCCAAACCGACUACAAUCCCGAACCCAACUGCCAUCUCUAAGCCCACUGCGGUUCCUCCCCCGCAAAAGCGCAAAGUCGAGGCUAUCUCCCAGCCUGAACCUACCACAACCGCACCGCCUACACUUCCAUCUACUCAAUCUACCCCCCCUAAUAUUAACACUCCAAUCAAUGAAACUCAACCUGCUGCGGAACAAGCCCCAGAACAAGCUCUCCUGGAAUAUGCUAGAGUUGAGGCCGCGCGUGCCGCAGGGGAGUUAGUGGACAAGACCGAGGCUCAAAAACAACCUCACCCUCAACCUGCCACCCAAAAUUCCCAGGUCGAUGCCCCCCCACCAGCCAAGCGCGCUCGAAAAGCGGUUCCCACACCCACCGCGAAGCCAAAUCGCAAGAAGUCUACAUCUGCAGCGCCUUCUACCUCCUCUAGCCGACGCGGCUCUCAGUCAGUUGUGCCCACCAUUGAAGAUUCCGCGGCCAUUCCGGGUGACUCUACUGUCUCGACUCCUGAUCCUACCACAAAGCCGAAAAAGCGAAAGUACUCCAAGGCCGAGACUUCUGAGCCGGAUGGAACCGAGAAACCGAAGCGCACCCGCAAGAAGCGUGAGCCGACUCCUGAAGGGGCCGAGAGCGUGGAGAUCUUGCCAAACGUCAUAAAGAUGUCAGAGCUGUGCAAGGACCUUCGGACCGGAAAGAAAUCAAAGCGAGAGGCCGAGUUGCGCAAGUUAGAUCAGGCGGAAGAGGAACGCAAGAAGCAAGGCGGCGCAGCCGGUUCGGGAACCCCCGUCAAGGAGCCGGAGCGGGAGAAAACUGAACAACCGGUCGACUGGAAGCCCCAAUCUGGCCCGAAGAUGCGCAUUGUCAAUGGCGAGAUUGUGUUGGACAAUACAUCCUUGCAGGUUGAUCGCCACGCUGAUGCUGCACGGGAGGCCGGCGAUCUGGAGGAUGUGGUAGAGAGCUCUUUUACCCGGAAGAUCAACCAAGCUUCGUACGGUAAACGGUCAAAAACCGAAACAUGGGACGAGGAUCUGACGGACCUCUUCUAUCGCGGCUUACGCAUGUUCGGCACCGAUUUCAUGGUCAUCAGCAAGAUGUUCCCCGGCCGAUCUCGUCGACAGAUCAAACUGAAGUUCAACAAUGAAGAGCGCCGCGAUCCACAGCGCAUCAAGGAUACACUGCUCGGCCCCCGAGAGGCUAUUAGUCUUGCCGCCUACUCGGAGAUGACGAAUACUGUCUACGAUGACCCCAAAACCGUCCAAGAAGAACUUGACGAGGAGAAGAAGCGCAUCGAGGAUCAACACGUUAAGGAGAAGGAGCUUCAAGAAGAAAUUCUGCGCAACCCUACUGGUGGAGAAACCAAGGAAGAGAAGAACGACAAGGCCAAUUUGAAGAAGACACGCAAGAAGCAGGUGAAGAAUACUGGAGGAGGCGGUACUGAAGAGGUUCUGGGAUCAAUCGAUGACUUUCCCAUGGCCUAA